AUGAAAGUGGAGCAGCUGCCUUUGGCAUGGGUCCGUAUACCAAAGUCCAGCAAUCGUAUCGAACGCAUUUGUCCGACCCAGAAAAAGCGGGCGUUCUGUGCCUUGCUGUCUGGAGUGUUCUUCAGCCUGCAAGAAGAUUCCAGGGAGCUUGGAUUCCGAGUCAUCCGGGGGUACUCCUUCUACCUGAUCGUGGUGGUGAUCGUCCUGGAGAUCCUGAUGUGCUUCGGCAUCGGCUGGGAGUUCCACCUCGCCCGCGGGCUGGGCGGCGACCCGACCGUCUACUCCCGCGACCCGGAAGGAAUCAAAUCCAAGACGAUCGCGAACCCCGGCUUCAAGGAGAGACAGCGGAACGGGCACCAUCUGGAGAUGACCUCCAGCCCCCGCUCCCAACUCCCCCACCAAGUGAGUGCCAAAGCGCCCAACGGACGCAGCCCCUCGAAUGGACGCAGCCCCUCGAACGGACGCAGCCCCGGACGAACUCGACACGGCAGCGGCGGCAGCAGUCGCAGCGGUGGUAGCAGUCGCAGCGGUCGCAGCGGCAGCGGUCGCAUCAGCCGCUCCCCCCACGCGAACGGCCACCCCGCCCCCCCUCCCUCCCCCGUGCUCCCCCCCCCUCUCACCCGCACGGGCCCCCUCAAGUCCUCCCUGAAGAAGAAGCGGAACCCGAGCGACUCGGACUCGCUGGACCUGGGCCAGCACAUCCCGAAUCCGGGAUUCGACCAGUCUCCCCGCUUCCAGCGGAACGGCUCCAUGAAGAAGGUCCGCAUUCAGACCCACACCACGGACUUGUGA